CUCUUUGAACGUCCUCUUCUGCGGCGUGUGUCUGUGCGGAAGCAACCAUGGUGAAGUAUGCACGUGAACCCGAUAAUCCCACGAAGUCAUGCAAGGCCCGAGGGUCUGACUUGCGAGUGCACUUCAAGAACACUCGCGAAACAGCACAGGCCAUCAAGAAGCUAGAACUUACCAAGGCGAAGAGGUAUCUUGAGGAUGUGCUUGCACACAAGCAGGCUAUUCCCUUCCGUAGAUUUUGCGGAGGAGUAGGACGUACCGCGCAAGCAAAGUCCCGCCACUCCAACGGACAGGGAAGAUGGCCAGUGAAGUCAGCCACAUUCUUGUUGGAUCUUCUCAAGAAUGCCGAAAGCAAUGCGGAGGUGAAGGGUUUGGACGUGGACACUCUCAUCAUCUCUCACAUUCAGGUUAACAAGGCUCAGAAGCAGAGAAGACGCACAUACCGUGCCCACGGUCGUAUCAAUCCCUACAUGUCAUCGCCUUGUCACAUUGAGUUGACACUCUCCGAGAAGGAGGUGCCCGUGAAGAAAGAGGCCGAGACAGAGAUUGCACCCAGAAGCAGGAAAGCUCAAGCCCGCCUCCGAAGUGGAACCUCAUCUUAGAGUAAUUCAUAGGGAACGUUUCUAGUACACCCUUGCUAGAUUUUGCCACAUUUGAUAGCGUUGGGUUGAUACUUCGGCUUCUCUUUAUAAUUCAACAAAUUAUGAAAAUCAACUGAGUUUUGACUGGACCCUACGCGUUCUGUUAAUCAUUCAAACGAAUUCCAACCUAACUGCAUCAAUUGUUAUUUUAUCGUAUUCUCGCGAACUAUAUGAAUCAACUUGUGGUUUGCUGAUCUACCUUCGA